CAUGAGCAGUUCUUGUAUCGCUGGCAUCCCUCGGCCGCUCAUGCUCUUCAUUAUCGCUGCCUUAGAGUUCCCAGUCCUAGAACCGACGGUCUUGCACCUGUGCGUGAAACAACGUUCUGUCUGCCCAGAGCUUCGCCUUGAGCAUGUCCGAUGGCACUUCCGGUGACAGGCGGGGAUGGCUACCCGCCCUUCAGCCCCCUCGGCGGCCCAUCCUACCUCGCCAAGCGGCGUGUCGCCGAAGGUGUCGAUGAUGACCACCACCGCUACUCGCGGCACAAGAGGCCGAAAUAUGUCGGCCCAAGCCAGUUCGCCGACCCGGUCGCCUACAAGGCCGUGGACGAGCCAUCCGGCGAUCCGUCCCUUGGCCGCCGAUACGCUUCCCCGCGACCUCACUGCGCCUCUCCCGAGCCUUCCGGCGCAGCCGCCCCAGCCAUGGAGCGAACCGCGUCAGGACACUCCAUCCGCCCGGACCCCGUCGAACGGUGCGCCUCGACCGAGCUCCUGGAAGACCAAGAAGCCGCCCAGCGCGUCCGCGACCACCUGGCCGCCUUCCGCCGACGCAACCCUGACUCCAAGCACGAGCGCAUCCUCCGCAGCAUCAUCAGCCCCCGCACACGCCCCACUCACCGCCACCGCCGUCACUUCUCACACCGCGGAGGCUCCCCCACUGACCGUGGGGGCGACGGGCAGGAAGAGGCCGAGUCCUAUCCCCUUGACAACGCGGCCCUCGAGUCCAUCUUCUCCGCCGUCAACGAGAUCUUCUUCAACGGCCGCCUGUCCCAGCGCGUGACCUGGGACUGGUCGCAUUCCUCCUCGACCCGCUACGACAGCAGCGUGAUCGGCACGACGGCCCUGCGCCGCGCUGCCGCCAGCACCCGCGGCUUCGAAACGCUCAUCGUGCUGUCGUCGCCCAUCCUGCGCGACCCGCGCUUCAGCCGGCGGCUGCUAAUCAGCACCUUCUUGCACGAGCUGAUCCACAGCUAUCUGUUCAUCUGCUGUGGGUUCAGGGCGCGCUGGUGCGGCGGCCAUACGCCCGGGUUUAGGGAGAUUGCGGCCAUUAUGGAGGAGUGGAUCGGUGAGGCGGCCGGGUUGUAUUUGAGUCGGGUCGAGGCGGACCUGGAGCUGUUUAGGAUCGAUGCGGGUUUCCCGCGGGGGCCAGAGGCGGGUAGGGACGGUGACGGUGGGGUAGGUGGCAGGAAAGACGUGAAGGCGGAGUUUGAGACGACCGCAACCGUCAACGUUUAUCCUUGCUCAGGGAUGGCAGCGGAGCAGAAUGAGGAUACUGUCGCCACUGCUCCUAUUGGACCCGGUCCUCCGGAGAUGGUGUAUUUCGGAGGCGGCCUAGUUCCCGGCCCUGGAGCUUGUGUUGGCGACCGGGACGGGCUAUACCUUGGAUCCGGUGGAUCGCCGAGCGGCCACGAGAUACCGCCGUACCACGACGACCGAUGGGGAGGCAGCAGCAGCCUCAUCAGUAGCAGCGGCAGCGGCAAUAUCUGGUGGAGACAACGCCGAGCUAACCUUCCCGUCUACGUCUACACCGGGGACAAAUCUCCAGCCACAUACGUUUAUCCCAACACUGCGUUGCAGAGGCCUUGGAGCUGAGGUUUCUGCCAACCUCCACACGACCCCGCGUUUUCCAUUUGUUCUUUUCCUAAGUACUUUGCAUAGGAGGGAGCCUGGUUGCAUGGCGAUGGCGUUCGUGGAACUAUGGUACAUGGCACGGGUCAGCAUACAGGGCGCAGGUCAGCAUACACGCAGGGAUUGGAGCCAAUGGAUUCCUGGGCUCAGUUUUGGAUGCAUUUCUUCAGGCUGAUUACGAUGAUCAUAUCGACGCGGUUCCUUUUGUUGUUCUUGCUUCCCAUUAGAUGGAUACCCUCGAGAUUGUCUGGAUAUACUCAAUUGGCAUUGGGAUAUGUAGCGGUAGACAAACAAGUUCUUAACAGCUUUUGGAACCGACCGUAGUAAUACCCGGCUUCGUACAAGGAUUUUUUGCCUCGGCUU